CGGAUAAGUGCGUUUUGUGAUAAUCCACUUAAUAUCGAAGCCAUCUUUGCCUUUACCAAACAGUCUGUUGGGAAAGUCAGAAAUGAACAAGCACAUUAUUUUGACAGUCGUUUUUUAACAGAACCCGAUGAGUAUUUCAUUUGUUUUAAUCUCAGCUUGGAGGUCACUCCCUGCUUUAGUUUUUCGUAUCUAUUCAAAGUAAUAAGUCCAGUCAUCAGAGCGAAUGCACUCCUCUUAAAAAGCAGUCGGUUAAUAUCCAAGGUUUUCGCGCUGGUUGUGGCCGAAGCAGAUAAUACUCUGUAUUUCGGUCAUUUGUCUAUUAAGCCUCCGGGCACCAUGGUGCGCAUGAAUGUCCUUGCAGAUGCCCUGAAGAGCAUCAACAAUGCAGAGAAACGGGGCAAGCGGCAGGUUCUGAUCCGGCCCUGCUCCAAGGUCAUCGUGCGCUUCCUCACCGUCAUGAUGAAGCAUGGCUACAUUGGCGAGUUUGAGAUUAUUGAUGACCACAGGGCUGGAAAGAUAGUUGUUAAUCUCACUGGCAGAUUGAACAAGUGUGGUGUUAUCAGCCCCCGGUUCGACCUGCAACUGAAGGACUUGGAGAAGUGGCAGAACAAUCUCUUGCCUUCCCGGCAAUUUGGGUACAUCGUGUUAACAACCUCGGCCGGCAUCAUGGACCAUGAAGAGGCUCGACGGAAACACACUGGAGGGAAAAUUCUUGGCUUUUUCUUCUAAAUUAUUAAAACACACGUGCAAAUAAAUCCAGUUCCACUGGCUGUAUUGA